AUGGAUUCAUACACUCAAGAUAUAAUGAAACAAUGGGGUUUUUCAAAUGAAAUAAUAACAAUAUUUAAAGAUCAAGAAAUAGAUCAAGUAGCACUAUUGAAUCUUACUGAGACUAUGAUAAUAGAGUUGUUGCCUAAAAUUGGUCAACGAUCUAGAUUUUUAAAACAUUUAGAAGAUUUAAAAAUACAAAAAAAUGUUUCUGUUGAUUCUAAAAAGAAACAUCAUAUAAUUGACUGGGAUAAUUUAGAAAUAGAGUUAGCUCCGAUGGAUAGCUUUGAAGAUGUUAAUUCUACAGAUAACAUAGUAUGUGAUACAAUACCUGACAAUUGUAAUACUGCAGUCCAAGAAUUCAAAGAUCAUUGUGUUCCAACUGCAGAAUGCUCCUAUACAACUACUAAAAACAAUGAUAAUUCUUUGGCGCAACAGAUAAAAACUAUUUUAUCAAAAUACCAAGAUGGAGAGUUUGUAUUAGAUUAUUACAAACUUAAAUCACAUUUCAAUGAGGCCAUGCGAAAUAAACUAGUUUCUGUAAUAAUAAAAGAUCAAAUUCGCUCCCAAGUCAUUUUAAAUAGAUCAAGGCUUAUAAUUUUAGCAAAAGGCAUUGAAGAAUUAUUUCCUUCUGAGACUGAGGAAACUUAUUUCAUACCGUACUGUAAAGAGGGUAAUAUAAUAAGUCCCAAUAGAGGUAAACUAUAUGGAAAAUUUUGUAAUAUUAAAAAGGAAAUCAGCAAGAUAAGUAAUGUAAAGAAAAGGCAUCUAUCAGAGUCUGAUCAAGAAAUAAAUUUGAAUCAUGAAGAUUAUAAAGACUCAUUAACCUGGCUCAAAAACAAUAUAGAACCAGACAUUACUCUUCAUAAACUCUGGAAAGCAACAGCAUCAUAUCGAUUAAAAGACAAAAAUAAUAAUAUGAUGGAUACAUAUAUAGCCCUUACCAAACCUACUGGUCAUAUUUUAAUUGAUAUAGAUUUUAACUAUAUGUAUGCUGGAAAACAAAUGAGUUUAUUUGACAAAUUUCCUAUUUUCAAGGAAAAAUUAAAAAUAUAUUUGGAAAUUAAACAAAUUAAUAUCAGCAAAAAUCUUAUUGGCAAACUAACUGCUCCGCAUAGACCUGGUGACGACGAUAUUGCCGUGUUUGAAAUUCUACCAUAUUUAUUUCCGCCUGUCAGUAUUAUUGUUCUAAAGCCACCGAAUAAUACCCGUUGUACUAUCAGGGCAUCAAAGAUAGAACAAGCAGCUGCAUUUAUUUCAAAUGUUACGAAUGCUAAUGAAUUGAAAAAAGUACAAUCCGAUAAAAUUAAUAAGGCAUUUUCAUUAGGCUUAACUGUACAGCCAUUUGUGGUUUUUGUUGGUGAAAGUGAUUUGGAUGAAAACAUUUCAAAUAAUCCACUAUCUUACUAUACAGUUAUCAACGACACAUAUUUCAAGGUGGAAACAAUUUUAAAAGCAUUUGAUGUAUGCUUCAAAAGCUUCCAUACACUCAGUUUGAAGUAUCCCUUUGAAGCAGAGCAGGUAUGGAGAUUUAUACAGGAAUAUUUUUAUGAAAUUCCAGAUAAUAGAGGAGAAAAAAAAUUUUUAAGUGUUAAAACUUUAAUUAAAGAUUUAGAUAACAUGUAA